UAGAGUGUGUGUUUAAAUAAAUGAAAGAAAUGAGGAAUUUAAGCCGACGGCAGAUCGCGAAGGAUUUUUAAAUUAAAAAAAAAAUCAUUGAAAAAAGGACGAUCAUCGUACGUAGCGAUGAGGUGCGAUCUUCGAAGGAUCGUCGGGUGUUGAAAGUGUUACAAACACAAACACACGUGCACACGAGUGAUUCUGAACGAACACACACACACACAUCUGUUAUUCAAAUCAUCAUCAAAUGCAUGGUCUAUACCUGUCAACUUGUUCAGUAAUGUCUUAAUCAGAGAUUGAACAACAUCGGUUCGUGAACAGAUUUUCGCUACUGUUGAUUUUUGACAAUUUGAGAAUUAUCAGUGACUUUUUUUUUCUGAACAAGUGAAUUUAUAUUAAGUGACGAUUUAAUUUUAAUAAAAAAAUAUUAUCAAUAAAAAAUUAAAAGAAAAAUAAAUAAUUAAAAAAAUAUUAAAAAAAUUAAAUAAAAAUGAUUUUUUGAUAAAAAAAAAUUAAAAAUAAAAGAAUAUUAAAAAAAAAUAAUUUUAAAUAAAAAUUUAAAAAAUAAAAAAAUGCCUGAAAAAGAUACAUUUCAUGACCAAGUGCAAGUGCAUCCCGCCUUCCAUCAUCCGGGCAUGACAAAUUUGUCAAAUGCCUCACCGCCCGCGCCAACAACUGCCGGCGGAAUCCCAAAUGCCGCCACAACGCCUCCCAGUUAUCCCGGAUUACAAUUGCCAUCGGCCUUCAUGGCCUACCAUUCGCCCCUGUCGCAAUCACUGGAACAGUCUCGUGCGCAACACGAACGCUUUUUAUGGGAUCCGUCGGCUGCCGGACAGGGAGCUUUUCAUCAUCCAUCGUCGCAUGGUUUCACCGAGUUACAAUUCCUGAAUGCACGUCGUGCCGCAGCAAAUGCCGCAAACGCAGCCUUGGCACCGCCAUCCGCUGCCCCAAGUAUUUCGUCGCAAACAGCGUCAUUGCAUGGCGCAGCUCAUCCCCCGCCAGAAUUCCAUCCGGCAUAUCGACUCGGAACAUAUAUGGAUCACUUGUACUCGUUACAGCAUGCGGCAGCGGCAACAAGUCCCUCAGCAUCGUUGCACGGUCUGAGUUAUUUGAAUUCCCGCGGCGGAAUUUCCGAUUUACAUCCACCGAGUUCGUUGGCAAGCGCCGACUUCCAAUUCAGUAUAGACAAUGCGCGUGCGGCGGAACGAAGCUUGCGCGCCAGUCUCAAUAGUCGCAAACGUGCCUUAUCCUCGUCGCCAUAUUCCGACUGUUUUGACAUCAGUUCCAUGAUUCGGUAUUCGCCAAAUUCGCUCGUGAAUUCGCUGAUGAACGGGAGUCGGAGUAGCAGUGCAAGCGGUUCGUAUGGGCAUUUAUCGGCGGGAAAUUUGAGUCCCGCAUUGGGAGGUUUGCAUGCUGCGAUGCCGCCACAUAUUCAGCACUUGUUGAGAAGCGGAAGUUUGUUGCAUUCGUUGCCGGGACAUCCAUUGUCGCCGACAAGCAGUAUGUUUGGAUUGCCGCAUCAUCCGAUGCAUUCGCUGAGACAUUCGUUGACGAAAAAUCGUGAAACAACUCCUCCAUCAUCGACAACGACAAUGAUCAAACAAGAGAAAAAUUUGUCACACGUAACCACCGUCGAAGCCGACAGCCCGUCAAACAUGCUGAACAAGAAAAAUCGCAUCAAACGCGAACCGAUGCACAUGCCAAAUCCCCAUCAUCAUCAAGGCACGACAAACAUCAAUGGCGAAUCCGUGGCAGCUGCCGAUACCACAGAUCUCAAAGACGAGCCCGGAGACUUUGUCGAAACAAAUUGCCAUUGGCGCGAUUGCACCUUGGAAUUCAAUACGCAAGAGGAACUCGUGAAACACAUCAACAACGAUCACAUUCAUGCCAACAAAAAAUCGUUUAUUUGUCGCUGGGACGACUGUUCGCGCGAAGAAAAACCCUUCAAGGCGCAAUAUAUGCUCGUGGUCCACAUGCGAAGACACACGGGCGAGAAACCGCACAAGUGUACCUUCGAAGGUUGUCCCAAAGCCUAUUCACGUCUUGAGAACCUGAAAACUCAUUUGCGCUCGCAUACGGGAGAGAAGCCAUACACUUGCGAGUAUCCCGGAUGCAGCAAAGCCUUUUCCAAUGCUUCGGAUCGGGCGAAACAUCAAAAUCGCACGCACAGUAAUGAGAAACCCUACGUUUGCAAGGCUCCCGGUUGCACGAAACGCUACACCGACCCAAGUUCAUUGCGAAAACACGUAAAAACGGUUCACGGCGCCGAAUUUUAUGCCAACAAGAAGCACAAGGGCAUCAAUAAUGGCAGCGAUGGACGUUCCGAUGACAGUGGCAAUCGCGGUCCAGAUAACAGUCCGCGGAAUGACGAUUCGAUGAGUGGCAAGGCAGCAAGUUUGUCGUCGCCAAGCAUCAAAUCCGAGUCAGAUGCCAACUCGCCGGGACAACAACAGAUCAAUAGUCCCAUGAGUGUGUCACAAUUGGCAUCCGGGUAUUGCGAGGAGUAUGACGGCAUGAUGGCGAACGAUCAGAUCGGAAGUGUUUCGGCAAUGGAUGAUCCCGCAUGGCCUUAUGAGGAUGAAGAUCUUGAUGUCGCUGAACUUCCCUUGGUCCUUCGUGCAAUGGUCGAUUUUGGCUCGACAAACACGAUGGCAGCUGCGAUGCCUCGCAACCGUUUCGGAAAUCGCCUCAACGCCAAAUCCAUCGGUGCCUCUCCGCUUUCCAACAUCCCGGAAUCGAACAAUCGCAAUGCCAUCGGCGAACUUAAUCGUCGCAUAACUGAUCUCAAAAUGGAGCCCGGCACUUUUUGCCCACCGAAACCGGGACAAACGGAUCUCAUGUCCUCUACUUCGGCGAAAUUUUCGAAUUUUGCUCAACCGCAACUGCGUCGCGACAGCAAUCAAUCAACUACGAGCAGUUCUUACUACAGCAUGCGAUCCGCCGACAUGUCACGUCGUGGCAGCCAAGCCUCGCAAGUGUCAUCGAUCUCAACGAUGCGCCCGAAUUACAACACGCCAUCCUGCUACGAUCCCAUUUCGCCCGGAUGUUCGCGUCGUUCGAGCCAAAUGUCGACAGCAACGACGGGCGGACAAAGUUUACCGCCUCCGCCAUCUUCGCAUUUGCUGAGUUCGCAUUUGCAACGUCUUCAGAGCUCCCAGGGAUCGCAUAACGGACGUCAUUCGUUCUCAAAUGGCGGAAAUUAUGGCGCGUAUGGCAACAAUAACGCGAAUGAUCGUCGUUUCUCGGAACCUGUAGCAGCUUCGAGCUCUGCAAACUUCUUCAUGCCAUCCCCACGAUCGGAUAGUACAACGCCGAAACCCGCCAAAUUGCCGGAAUUGCAUCCGAAUCAGAGUGUCGACUUGGAUGAAGUCGAGGAAAAUGAAAUGGUUGAGAACAAACUGGUAAUUCCUGAUGAAAUGUUGCAAUAUUUGAAUGAAGUUGCCGAUACAAGUGAUAAUCCUUUGACAAAUACUAUUACGAAUGACGCUCCAAAGGCUCCUACUGACGUGCCAAGUGUCGAUUUGUACGUAAAUAGUCCAGCUUCGUGUUUGCUGAGCCCACGAACACCUCAAACGCCGUAUCCAUCGAUGAUGAGUCCGCCGCAACAGCAACAAACUCCCGUUCCAGCACCUCCUGCUGCUCCCAUAAACACCCAAAAUGCCCAAAAUAAUUAUUUCAAUCAACCUCCGGCACCGCAGCCGAUGCAAGGAACCUCCCAAAAUUACGAUAAUCGUCAAUUCAAUCAGAAUUAUUGCAUGUCACAGCAACAACAGCAGCAAAUGUACAAUAAUAACAUGGGACAAAGCUUUAAUAAUGCUCAUCAACGACAACAACAACAAAUGUUCAAUCGACGAAUGAUGCCCACGAACAUGCAGCAGCAACAACAACAACAAGCAAACAUGACAUCCAUCGCUUGUCACAAAUUGAUGGGAUAUUUCCAUCGUACCGACCAAAGUGCCCAUGCCUGUUGUCUCGUUCGCUUGAUGCAAAAUGCUCUCAAUCUCAAUGGACAGAAUCGCAAUAAUUAUCCCGCCUCGUACUGUUGCGGCCAAAAUACCCCUGCUGCCAAUGAGAUCCAAUGCGGCGACAUUUCCCAAUCGCAAAUGUCACCAGCUGCCAUGCCAACUUCCGAACAUCCGCCGUCACAGUCACAAAUAAUGCCACAAAAUGGUUACGCCAUGGCAAUGAUGCCUCCGCAGCAACAGCAACAAACGCCACAAGUCGCCCAACAACGAUACCCCAAUAACAUCCCACCGCAAACGCCGCAGGAAAUGCCCAAUAAUACUCCGGCAAUGAAUGCCGACAUGCGACAAGACACGUACCAACGAACACUGGAAUACGUCCAAAGUUGUCAGAAUUGGAUCGAAAACACAAACACAAAUACGGCGACGACGACGCCUGCAGUUGCUCCCGAAACAGUCAGCAGUAGCACACAUCCAUCGCCCAACAUGAUUGUCAAUGACUUGUCGACAUCACUCAACUCGUAUCUCGAAGAGGAUCGGUACUUACAAAUGAUUCAAUAAAUGUUCGAUUCAUGAAAUUACAAAAAAAAAAACUCGCUGGUUACGACUUUUCUUACUAUUUCCUAAUUAAAUAGGAUAGAAUAACAAAAAAUGAAUCGAACGUGCCUUUGUAAAAAAUAAAAUUAAAUUAAACUUAAAUUAGGUUUAAAAUUGUCUUCCCAAUAAAAUAAAAUUUAAAAUAAAUUAGUUUAACUUUUUUUUUUAGCAAUAAUGAAAAUAGAC